AUGUCCAUCGGCACCUUCCUGGCCGAUGAAAGCCUUGGCUCCUGGGCCGAUGAGAUGGAGGAUAUGCCUUUGCCUUCUCCUCCUUCCCAGCCCAGCUACGGAGGUGACCGCCGCGGCGCUGGCCCUCCUUCAGGUGCAUUCGGCAAUGGUUUAAAUGACCGUGGUGGAUAUGCGACCAGAGAGCCUCUCCCACUUCCUACUCAACCGCCUUACACUGCUCACGUUGGAAACCUUUCUUUUGAGGCGACCUCGGCCGAUAUCAACGACCUGUUUGCUGGGUGUGGCGUGACGAAUGUCCGUAUUGUUGAAGAUAAGUUGACAAGAAGCCCCAAGGGCUUCGGCUAUGUUGAAUUUGAGACCGUCGACGGCUUGAGGAGGGCCCUUGACCUCUCAGGAACCACCCUUCAGGGAAGAGCGAUUCGUGUCAGCAUCGCUGAGCCCCCCAAGGAGCGUGAUGUCAAGGAGCUUGACUGGACUCGCAAGGGCCCCUUGCCCGCGCCCGAGCAACCUCCCCGUCGCGUGCCCGACCGCUCGACUUUCGGACGCAAUCUUGACAACCUCUCCGAUGCCGGUAGCGAACGUGCCGGUGCUCGUCGCAACUUCGAGUCCGAUGGAAAGGUGCGCGAUUUCGGCAAUUGGGAGCGCAAGGGUCCUCUUUCUCCGGUGACUGGACCAGUCAGAGAAGGUGGCCGGCCUCGCAGCAACGAAGGCCCCGGCUUCAGAAGAAGCUCGCCCGCUUGGGGUGAGGGACGCUCUCAGGAUGGCUCGAGACCCCCGCGCCGCGAAUUCCAGGAGCGCACCCCCACUGCCGCCGAACUCGAUAACUCAUGGAGAGCCAGGAUGCGCCCCGAUCAGCCCCCUGCCAAGGAACCCAGUAACCCUCCUUCUCCCGCCGCUACUCCCGCCUCCCCUGCCGCCCCCGCCUCUCGCCCUAAGUUGAACCUCCAGAAACGGACUGUCACCGACACUCCGUCCAGCCCCGCUCCCAGCACUGAUUCGAAAGCUAGCCCAUUCGGUGGUGCUCGGCCCAUCGAUACUGCCGCUAGAGAGAGACAAGUUGAGGAGCGUCGUCAACUAGCGCUCCGUCAGAAGAAGGAAGCUGAAGAGAAGGCCAAGGCCGAGAAAGCCGAGAAGCAGCGUCAAUCCAAGGAGCAGGCCAAGAGCGAGAAAUCUGUGCCUGCCGCCGAUCCCAACGGCAAGGACAGCAUGGACAUCCCUCAGGGCGGCAAGAACUUCGAGAUCCUCCGGCAGGCCGGUGAGGAUGAAGGCGGCGCUGCCGAGCAAGAGCAACCGGAAGAAGCUCCUGCCGCCGCUGCGGGUGAUGAGGCCUCGAAGCAGGCUCCCGCCAGCAAGACGAACGGUAACUGGCGAAGCGGAGGUCCUACCCAGCCCGCCGAGGCUGCCGCAGACGAAGAAGGCUGGAGCACUGUCAGCUCGAGGCAACGCAACAACCGUCGUGGACAGUCUGGACGUACAUUCGCAUAG